AUGUCUUUCAUCAGGACUUCUUCAAACCCCCUUGUUCUUCAUGGCCAACAUUUUGGUCGAACUGUUUUUGCCCUGUGUAACUAUCCUGCCCUUCUUACGGCCGGUAUACUCCGACUGGAAGAAUUACAGGAUACUCCCAUCGAUGAUUAUCCAGCAGAUGUUCGACGCGAACACAGAGUUUUCAUGGAACUAAUAGAUUCAUACCCUGGUCUUUUGGAUCGCCUGACGAAUGGCGAGGAGGAGGAUGUCAUCCAUGUGGGAGAAUUGCUGGGCAAAGGAGCUUCUGGUGCGCGAGGCGAUGAUACCAAGACCCUUAAAUCUGCCAUUCUCGAAUGGCUUGUGCCCAGAGGACAGGCUGUCAUACCACCUCUCUCCCGGAACAUCAAGUCUGACCGCAGGUUUAACCAUGAAAUCACUGGUAGGUUGCUUUGCCCAGCAGGCCUCGACUGGUCACAUGCAGAAACCAAGCAGAGUCUUAAGAGUGGAGAAACUGCGGUUUGUGGUGACCAGUGGCCUAUAUUCUUGUAUGCUGGGUAUGAGUAUGAUCCAGAAGAUCCCUGGAAAGGCUUACUCAGGAGCGAGAUACUGAUCUUUGGUUUCAAACAUGUUUUUACAUCUCCAAGCUUGGUCGAUAAGGAGCCAAAGGCCACACGCUCUGGCAACACUUACCUGCAUGGUAUGAAAUAUGUGACUCGAGGAUCCUUAGCUUAUGUUGCAACGCAGGUUCGGUUUUCAUUAAGUUCGUCAUCCGUGUUUUCACGUACCGACACGGUCACGGACUCCAAAAACUUUUAUCAUAGUAUUCUUGACUUAUUGGAAGAUCCUGAUGAAAGUGAGGAAGUGACUGAUCUAAUGACGUGGUGGACCCGGUUUGUGACCUCAUCCGCUUCAAUUUCCAAGUUAACACUUGUUAUAGUCGGAUUUUUCCAAAUUCUUCUUCGUCACAGCGCACUAUCAAAGAUUCAGGAAAAACGCGCUGCCCUGCAGGAACGAGUUACUACCAACACCAAUUAG